AUGUCAGAGAUAAAGCAUUUGGAUCAAGCACGGAUUGCAGUGCUUAACAGGAAUGAUUCUGAAUUUAAUGUACCCCAGAUUCGUAAUGGAAAUAUGUCCAGAAAAUCCAUCGAGAUUGUGAAUCGUGGUUCGAAUACUUCCCAUCCUGAAAUUACCUCUAGAGAAUCUACCAAUAAUGUGUUAAUCCAAUUAACUAAUAAUAGAGACCCAACAUUAGAACCAUUACCUCAACAAGUCAACGCAGGUAGGCAAAUAAUGACAUCUAAAAAUCCGCCUGGUAAUUUAUAUCGGAUUAUUAUUACAUGUUGUUGGUCAGCAGCUGGAGGAUGGUCAGAUGCUACUCCAGGUGCAAUCUUGCCAUUUAUUGAAGACUACUACGGAAUUACAUACGCAGUUGUAUCAUUGAUAUGGAUGGCUAAUGCUGCAGGAUUCAUAUUAAUAGCUAUGCUAUCACAUAAGAUCCAACCAUGGUUGGGCAAAAGAUAUUCAUUGGUAACUAGCUGCAUUUGUUCGUGUAUAAUGUAUGCUUUAGUUUCUAGUGGAACACAUUUUCCGUUAGUUGUGAUUGGAUUUUUCUUCGGUGGAAUGGGGAUUGCAAUUGGCUUGUCCCAAUCUAAUAUAUUCUUUACACGGAUGUACGAUCUGUCUAAAUACUUAUCUUUUCUACAUGGAUCUUAUGGGUUAGGUGCAACUCUUUCGCCGUUGAUAGCUACAGCGAUGGUCAAUACCGGUGUUAAAUGGCAUUAUUUCUAUCUUAUUACAUUAGGUUUUAUGUUAUUCAAUGGAGUAAACUUCUAUUUUUCUUUCAAGGGCGCAGACGAAGAUCUUAAGCUAUGGGAUACUGAUGAAUCAAAUGAAACUCCGAAAAAUGAUGAUCCUCAUAAUCGUCAACAUCAAUCAGAUGAUUCACAACAAGUCGAAGAAGCUAUUGGGUUGCAAGAGUUGACUAGAGAAGGACUGAAUGUCCAAAAUGUCCUUAGUAAGGAUAAGCAAUCAUCACAUUCUGCGGACAUGUUGUUGGCUCUUCAAAACUACAGGACAUGGCUUCUUGCAUUGUUCGUAUUAUUUUACCAAGGUGCAGAAGUGUCUUUAGCCGGAUGGGUUGUCACUUUCUUAUUAGACUACAGACACGGUAGUAGUUCGGUGGGUUACGUCGCAUCGGGGUUCUGGGGUGGAUUAACCUUGGGUCGUCUUCUAUUAACAAAACCGUUGCAAAAGAUAUUAGGAGCCAGAAGGGCCGUCAUACUUUUGUCUCUAGUAUCCAUCUGCCUUGUACUUCUUGGGUGGUUACUUCCAAAUGCUAUAGCUGAAGGUGUAUUUAUUUCUUUGGCAGGUGUUACGAUAGGACCAAACUAUCCAUUACAAAUUGGUCUCACGGCUAAGCUUAUACCUAGGAAAAUCCAGGUUAUUUCAUUAACAAUAAUUACUGCUUUCGGGUCGUCUGGUGGAGCAAUUUUCCCAUUCAUAGUCGGUUUGAUCUCUCAAAGUGCUGGUACCUACGUUGUUAUGCCAGUUUUUAUUGCAUUAUAUUGUUGUAUGCUUGGUCUUUGGAUAGCCUUGCCUAAUAUUGAACGACCUAUAGAAUUAACUAGUAAUACUAAUAAGUGGACAAAGAUCUGGAGAAGAAUUUGGUAA